AUCUACGAGUAUUAAAGUUACUUUUAUUUGCUACUAUUCAAGAACAAAAAGAAACUGAAGACCAAAUUUACAUAGAAUUAUUAUUACUAGAAACUCAACUAACUAUUUCAAAUAAUAAUGAUAAGAUAAAAAGAAAUUCAAUAAUUACUAAUGAAGAUCCUUUAAAUGUUGAACUAUGA